CCCGGGGAGCCGCCGGCGGGAGCCGCGCUGCCAUGUCUUCGCAGUCUCACUGGUUGACGACAGAGGAGAGGAGCCAAGUCUUGCUUGAUCUCAAAGCUUCAGGCUGGUCUGAGUUAGGCGAAAGAGACGCCAUCUACAAAGAGUUCAAUUUCAAAAAUUUUAAUCAGGCUUUCGGAUUUAUGACGCGCGUUGCUCUGCAAGCAGAGAAGAUGAAUCACCACCCGGAAUGGUUUAAUGUCUACAGCAAGGUUCAGAUAACUCUGAUUUCCCACGACUGCGGUGGACUGACCAAGAGAGAUGUGAAGCUGGCUCAGUUUAUUGACAAAGCUGCUGCCUCGGUGUAACCAAGAUGUAAAACGCUUUAAUACAGCGUCCACCAAUAUUUUGUAGUUAAAUGGUACCCCUCAUUCCUUGUAGCUCUGAUUUCACAAAACCUCUGAGACAAGAUAUUUUGUAAAAAGAGUGGCUUAGCUUCAUUGGCCUUUAAGCCCUUAGUCUGAGCCCCCUCUGGAUGCUUGCGCUUGUCCUUUGCCAUCGCCAGCUCUGCAUGAGGAUGUAGCAGAUAAACCAGCAACGAGUUCAGUUUUGAACAAUCCUUUUCUAGAAAACUAAAACAAGCUGGAAUGAAAGCAGGAGCCCACCCGCACUUGUUGGUGUUCCCCAAGCCCGUGGGAGCCGAGGCUGGCGGCAGCUGCCACGCGAGCCUGCCCCGUGCCCGGCCGCUUCCCUCCUAUAGAUUUGUACAUCUCUGCCCUUCAAACAGCGUAAGAGCAGCCAGGCCGGGUCAGUCCCCUCUGGCUUGGUACCUCCUUCUCUGCCGGUGACCGGUGGCGAGCGCAAGCGACGCUGGCGAGAGCAGCGCAAGCGGCUGAUGAUCUUUCCUUGAAGUUGCAGCUCAACCAGCGGUCACAGCUUUGCAUUUCGGUGUUUAUUCUGUGCUUGUCCGAUGGCUCUUCGAACCCAUCUGCCCUUUUGGCACCCCCAACCUAGCCGCUACAUCCAAUAAAAGUCUUGCUGCGUGCUUGAGAACCGUUCCCCGUCCGAGAUGCAGGGCUGGGUCCUCCACUUGCUGAAAACUUCAGCUCUUGUCCAGCAAAUACAAAACAAUCCCAGCGAGCUCCCGGCACUCACAUCAUUAAAUGAAGCAUGUGCUUAAGUGCUUUACCGGGCUGGGUCAGCGCUCAGCACCUUGCAGGAUUGAGCUGUUAUUUGUGUUGUAAUGCUCCGGUACCUGCUGGAUCGGGGCGGGGGGGGAGCUUGGCUGGGUGCCCGGAGCAUCAGCCGGAGCUGCCGGCAGUGAAGGAAGCAGCAUUAGCAGGAUUCUUGCUAAGCUGGGCUCGGCUGAAGCUAUGCUCACCCUUUUUUUUUUUUUUUUUUUUGUAUCUACAAUUACUCAUUGCGAACAUUGUUCCAAGAGCUGCAGAUUUCACUGACGAGCUUUAAAAUAAUUUCUUCUGUUGUUUCAAAGUCUUUGUUUUUAUCCUAUGAUCCUCACCGAGACAGAUUUCCACUGCCGGCAGGGAGAUUUCAACCUGCUUAAGGCGUGCAGAAGGGCCUCUCGCUCUGCAAUCCCGCUGCCGAGUGUCCCUAACGUGCACCGUCACGUCCUGCAAGCAGCUCUGGGUGCGGAGCUCCCGGGAGAUUGACACCUCCGAAAUGCCUGAACGCAUUGCUCGAAUGGCACCGGCGGCACGGCUACCGGCUACCGAGAAGUGAGAUACAUGAGUGCCAAAAUCUAUAUCGGGUGUAUGUGCGAUGUGUGUGGUCUCUCAGAUAUUCGGGAUGCAAAAUGCCACUAGCUGCCACGCAAGCAUUCAUGUCAAUAAAAUAAGAAAGGUAUUUUUUGUUAAUCCUGAGCAAGUGCGCUGUCAUGUGCUAAUUGGUUGCAGGAAGCAAGACAUAAGAUGUUGGGGUUUAUUGUCAGUAACCCUGCUUGGGAUAUCAAGUUAAUACCUAAAAAGACCCAAAUUCAGACUAUGUGCUCAAAUGUCCUUUGCUUACAAGUGCCUUUUCCCAGUGAAGCGGUGGAUUUCCCCGAUACGGUUUGAAAAUGGUCACUGUUGUGAGGAAUGAGUAAAACUAAAACAAACAACCAGGCUGUGAUGUCUCCUGUUACUGGUGGGGAAGUGAAAUGAGCUUCACCCGAAGUUUUGACAAUGUCUCUAAUGAACUGUGAAAACUCUGUUGUUAGAAAUUGAUAUAUAACGUGUGCACUUUGAAUAAAACCAAUAAAAUCAA